AAAUAUUUUAAUAACUUUUCUGAAAAAUCUGUAGCUAGUUUCUAAUAUAAAUUAAAAAGCAGGCAAUCAGAUUUUUUAUACAGCAUAUUAUAUAAUACUUCGCAAAACAGUCAACUUAUUCGAUCGUAUACAUACAUAAAUACAUACAUUCACACUUAUAAGCAGUUAAAAAGCAAAAGUUUUUGAAAUAUGACAAGUAUGGCAAGGAGGAAAAAGAAUAUAACAACGUCUCAUGCCACCACAUCGAGAAUGGCAUUUUGUUUUCUCAUAUUUUUACUUAAACAGAUUUCAAUAGUUGUCUGCCUAAAGGAACUUAAAAUUUUUGUGCCCGAAGCUGUAAUAAUGGGAAAUGCAGCAACCCUCACGUGUCAAUAUGAUUUAGAUAAUGCAAGUUUAUAUUCAGUUAGAUGGUACUUUGAGUCUGAAGAGUUUUAUCGUUAUGUUCCCAAAGAAGUACCGCCUGCAAGAACAUUUCAAGUGGCAGGAAUUACUGUCGAUCUGGCACAUUCGGAUGCCACAUCAGUGACAUUGAGAGGUGUCACAAGAGACUUAACAGGGCAAUUUCAAUGCGAGGUAUCAGAAGACGCGCCACUUUUCCAUACCGAUAUUCGAACUGCAGUGAUGCAAGUUAUUGAGUUGCCUAAUGAUGAACCCCGUAUGAUUGUUGAGAAAAAGACACUUUAUGCAAAUGAUAAUCUAAAAGCAUCGUGUAGCGUUGGUACAUCAUUUCCACCUGCCAACAUAAGUUGGUAUAUUAAUAACAAAAAAGUCAAUAAACUUCCAUUUCAACGAAUUAGUUAUCGAGCAUUUGAAGGAACACCAACUUAUUCUGCAUUAGAGCUCUAUCCGCAUAGCCCUAUAUUACAGGAAAUUUAUCAAAAUCCGACGCCGUUUACAAACAUCAUUACAGUGUCUUGUGAAAUCACAAUUUUUCACAUUUAUCACAAGAAUUUACAACAACGCAUUGUAUUAGUUGAUAUGUCAAGUACUGUGUCUCCCAAUAUGCUUGGCUGGGAUGGUCGACGAAAAAAUGGCGAUCCUGAUAAUUCAGCAUUGCAUUCCGCAUCAAAUAAUAAGGGCUUAUUAAUAGAAAAAAUCAUAUUAAUGUCCAUUCUAGUUUCAACAGGAUUAAAUAUGUUAGGAAUUUUCACUUCGAUAUGACAUUAAGCAUUAGAUUUGUAUGUAAGAUAUAAACAUGACUUGAAAAAUUACAAGAAUAAUUAUUUUUAAAAACUACACUAUGAUACAAGAAUAUUUUUCGUGGAUGAGAAACUGUUAUGCCUAAUGUUUUGAACGUUACAGUUUUUGUCUUUUAAGAAAAGAAAAAAAUAAUGAAAUGUAAAUAUGAACAAAACUUAAACUUGAAAUAGCAACAAGCAUAGAAUUUGUUUUAACUCAUAAUAAACUGUAGCAACUGUAACCCUAAUAAAAUUUCACAUGAAUAAAAAUCUAUGCUGUCAAAUGUAUUUUCACUGACAUUGUUAGUAACUUAAGCAUCAAUCAAAAAUGAUAAUUUUUCUCUAAAGUUUUAAUUAUGAAAAAAUUCACCUUUUUUUUAAGUUAUUUUCGAAAACAUUUAAGGUUUAGAAUUUGAGUUUAUAAGAAAUCAAAAUGCCUAAAAUCUGC